AUGGUUCUUAAUCAUAUCAUUCCUCCGAAAGCUGGUCAGAGGAAGAUUCCUUCUACUGAUGACGAAAAGGAACUAUGGUCAACCUUGGAUGCCACGGUUCUUUCGUGGAUUUAUUCUACCAUUUCUAACGACCUAUUGCACACCAUUAUCGAGCCCGAUUCAACGGCUAUGGAAGCUUGGGAUAGAUUGCGUGAUAUAUUUCAAGAUAAUCAACAUUCCCGUGCCGUUGCCCUUGAACAAGAUUUCACCACUGUCUCUAUGGAGCAUUUUCCUAAUGCCUCUGCUUAUUGUCAACGUCUCAAGUCCCUUGCGGAUCAAUUGAAGAACGUUGGCGCAUCGGUGUCGGACAGUCGUAUGGUUUUGCAAUUGGUAGGUGGUCUUACAAAACCGUACCGUGGUGUGGGUACGGUAAUCCGACAAAGCAAUCCUCUUCCUCCUUUCUAUAAGGCUCGGUCUAUGCUUGUUCUUGAAAAGGUCGGGAUGUCUAAGGAAGCAGCCACCGAAUCAGCUAUGGUGGUCAUUUCGAAUGAUGACGGUCCGAUUACUUCUGAAAAAUCGGGUCGUUCUAAGGGGAAGCAAGGUGUGCAGCACUCUGGUGGUCGCCGCAACAACGGUGGCCGGAAGAACAACAAUUUCGGUGGUGGCAGACGCGACUCCGGCAGUGACAAAGGUGGUGGCCGGGGACAGAACUCUGGUGGCCAAGUUGAGUUUGAUCCUUUUGGGUUUUCUGUGAAGGAUUAUCGAACGAGGAUGCCAAUAAUGAGAUGUGAUAGUCGAGGCGACCUUUAUCCCAUUUCUUCUAUCAACAAUCAAGCUUCCUCAUCUACUUUUGCAGCCAUCUCUCCUAAGCUCUGA